UUUCUUCUUCUCUGCUUUUGCAGUAUUGCAGCUUCAAAAGAAGUUGGGGCUUCGGCUCGUUCUUCUCCGAAGUUGAUGUCUCCCUCGGAUUUUCUGGAUAAAUUGAUGGGAAAGAUAUCAGGAUAUGAUGCAAGAAUACGGCCCAAUUUCAAAGGACCAGCAGUGAACGUAAGUUGCAACAUUUUCAUCAACAGCUUUGGAUCGAUUGCUGAAACAACCAUGGACUAUAGGCUAAAUAUUUUCCUACGGCAGCAGUGGAAUGAUCCCCGUUUAGCUUACAGUGAAUACCCAGAUGAUUCUCUGGAUUUGGACCCUUCUAUGUUGGAUUCCAUUUGGAAGCCUGAUCUCUUCUUUGCUAAUGAAAAGGGUGCUAAUUUCCAUGAAAUCACCACUGACAACAAACUACUAAGGAUCUUCAAGAAUGGCAACGUUCUUUAUAGCAUAAGAUUGACACUUACACUGGCUUGUCCCAUGGAUCUGAAAAACUUCCCAAUGGAUGUCCAAACAUGCAUCAUGCAGCUGGAGAGCUUUGGCUAUACAAUGAAUGACCUGAUAUUUGAGUGGGAGGAAACAGGAGCUGUGCAAGUUGCAGAUGGCCUUACUCUGCCACAGUUUAUCUUGAAGGAGGAGAAAGAUCUGCGAUACUGCACAAAGCAUUAUAAUACAGGAAAAUUUACUUGCAUUGAAGCUCGUUUUCACUUGGAGAGACAGAUGGGUUAUUACCUUAUUCAGAUGUACAUCCCCAGCUUGCUCAUCGUCAUCCUCUCCUGGGUGUCCUUCUGGAUUAACAUGGAUGCUGCUCCAGCCAGAGUUGGAUUGGGUAUUACUACUGUACUUACCAUGACCACUCAGAGCUCUGGGUCCAGAGCUUCCCUACCAAAGGUGUCCUAUGUCAAAGCAAUAGAUAUUUGGAUGGCCGUAUGCCUGCUCUUUGUAUUCUCUGCUCUGCUGGAAUAUGCAGCUGUCAACUUCGUGUCUCGUCAGCACAAGGAACUUCUGCGUUUCAGGAGGAGGAGACGGCAUCACAAGGAGGAUGAGACCGGUGAAGGACGUUUCAGUUUUGCCUAUGGAAUGGGGCCUGCUUGUCUACAGGCUAAAGAUGGGAUCUCCGUAAAAGGAAAUAACAACAACAAUCCUACCAGCAAUGCUCCUCCUGCGUCUAAAUCUUCAGAUGAGAUGCGCAAGUUGUUCAUCCAACGAGCCAAGAAGAUUGACAAAUUUUCAAGGAUUGGAUUCCCUUUGGUUUUUCUCAUUUUCAAUACUUUCUACUGGAUCAUAUACAAAAUAGUACGCAGUGAGGAUGUGCACAAGCAGUGAGGAGGGAGAGGGAAAGGGGAGAGUAUGGGAUAUUAAAAAAUUAAUAAAUAAAGAAAGUUUGAGAUCAGAAAGGAAAGCGUAGGAUAUCUGUUGGGGGAAAAGGUGAAAUUAUUGGGAAAGAGAAUAGUGAAAAGGAGGGGGGUUGGAAAUGUGAAAUGAGAACAUUGGAAAGUGGAAUUGAUAUAAUAACACAAAUAUAAGUAUGUGAUGCAUAGAAUGAUGUGGAAUUUAUAAGAUAGAUUUGGGUGAAUAGGGCAAAUUUUUAAGGAAUCAAAGACAUUCUCUUAAAAGAAAAAACUCUGUAUUAAAUCUGUGCAAUAGCAAUGCAGAAAUGCAUGAUUUUAAGAAUGUGGCAAUACACAGUAUUUAUAUAAAAAUUUAAGGAUCGGGGCUUUUAAUCUAUGAAGCUGGGAUCACUGAUGGAAAUGUAAAUAGGCCUCAAGACAUUGGGUUAGAGGGACUUGGAAAAAAGCCUAUUCUUGAUGGGUGGGUCAAUGAAGCAAUUGUGAACAAAAGAAAAGUGCCCGGGGAAUAUAUGUAAUAUAUGCAACUUAUAAUCAUGCCUAAUUAUAUUAUAAAAUGCGCACAGAACAAC